AUGGGAGACAGUGGAGAAGAAGGAGAGAAAAACAUGAGAAAGGUAAAAAGGAGAGAAAAGAAGAAGAAGAGGAAGACAAGAGAAGAUAUUAUUAAAUGGACUCUUGAUACUGGAAAGAGAAAUGGGAUUGUGACUGUGAUAAUAUCGUUUGGUGGGGAUGAUGUGACAAAAAAAGGAAGAAUUUUGUUUGGUUGUGAAAGAAGUGGACAUUAUAGAAGUGGUGGAAGGCAAAACAAUGUUGAAGAUAAUAAAAAUAAAAGAUUUACAGGAUCUAAGAAGUGUAAUUGUCCUUUUAGAUUGAGAGCUGAGAAAUCAAUAUAUGAUGAUGGUUGGAUGUUAAUGAUAGUUUGUGGAGCUCACAAUCAUUCUGCAAUAAAAUACUUUGAAGGUCAUUCAUUUAUUGGGAGAUUAAACAAAGAAGAGGUUGUAUUGGUAGUAGAUAUGUCAAAGAGUUUGACUAGUCCUAAAGAUAGUUUGACAAUGCUGAAAGAUCGAGACCCAUUUAAUUCUACUACAUUGAGAACAAUAUACAAUGUUCGGCAUAGGAAUAAGGUUUUACAAAAGGCUGGUAGAUCACAAAUGUAA